AUGGCCCUUCAAUUGUCCCAGAGAGUAAAGCUUCAGGGGGCAGACCCAGCAAACUCCCUCAAUACAGCGUUGGAGAAUUUUCAGAAUAUCUUGACAGACGAGCAGAAGGGAGAAUUCCGAGGAAACUCCACAACCCCGGAUAUUGGGAGCGUCAUCGAGUUUGUCGCACAAAUCGAUGCUAAGAAUAGUAGCAUGACCAGGAGAUGUGUGGCUCCUCGGCUGUGCACCUUUUUGGAGGCAACGCAGCAGUUCGUCGGUGUUGUUGACACAUUCGUGAGCUGUAAUCCGGCAAUCGCUGCCCUCGUCUGGGGUGGUGUAAAAACUGCCAUAUUGACGGCGAGCAAUGUCGCGUCUUAUUUUGACAAAGUUACUAGCAUGAUCAUGGGCAUCGGCAAAACCUGUCCAACAUAUCAACUGUUUGGCUUACUCUAUCCCGGCUGCAUUGGUCUCCAACGUGCGCUUUGUGAUUACUAUGCCGUCAUCAUUGAUCUGUGCGUAAAGAUCAUCGAAGUCUCCCGUCGGACCACUCUCAAGCAAACUCUUUCGUCGAUGCUGCUCCCAUUUGAUUCCGAAUUUAAAAUGUUGCUGGAUCGACUUGAGGAGGCUAAAAAUGAGAUACGACUGCAGACAUCACUCGCAUCAAAGCAAGCAGACCAAGAAGCAAAACAGCUGCUUGAAUAUGAAAGACAACAAAAUUCAAAGUUUCGACCUUCGGCCCUGAAAUUCUUCCAAACAUCACUGAAACAACAGGCCGAGGCAAAAACAUUACGAACUGAUAGGAGAAGAAGGGAAAAAGCGACAUUGAAGAUGAGUAUUCGAAAUAACCUUUCUGUCGUCAACCAUGUUUCUCCUUGGAGACAGGCUUUGAGGCAAAGGGUUUCGAACACAGCUGAGUGGCUCCAGAAGGAGUCGGUCUUCUGUAAAUGGAAAGAGGAUUCACGAACAGUGGUACUUUGGUGUUCAGGAACCAUCGGCAUGGGUAAAACUGUGCUCAUGUCUAAUGUGGUGGCUCAGCUGCAUGCGGUGCGCAAGAGCAACGAGAUCGUAUCCUACUACUUCUGUCGCGUCGACGAUGAAGCAUCUUUAUCCGCGCAGAACAUCCUUGGAAGUCUGGCUCGUCAAAUGAUCGACACUCAAAUUGAUCAAAGCAACUAUGAAACUCUACUUGCCUUAGAAGAAAGCAGCCGGGACCUCAGUGCGAAUGAUGUCAUUUCCUUCUUAUCAUCUCGUCUAGAGGCCGAUAAGAAGUACUAUGUUAUCCUGGAUGGUCUGGAUGAAUGUCAGGACCAUCAGAUUCAAGCAGUGGGGCAGGCUUUGGCUGAGCUCUGCAGCAGUCUUCUUGAAGGACUCAAAAUCCUCUGCACAGGCCGGCCUGGCCUUGAAAGGAAAAUGUUCAAAGGGAGCAGACCGCAGUAUACAGUCAUUGUGAAUAAGGGAAAGGUUGAGUGGGACAUAGAUCGCUAUAUUACCGCAAUCUUGGGUAGGUGCCUGGAAGAGAAACUUUUGACUCUCCGGGACCCAGAGCACAUCACAAAGAUAUACAGUGCUCUACGGGACAGGAGCGACGGAAUGUUUCUUUGGGUUGGUCUCUGCAUCGACGAGCUUUGCACACAGAAUUGUGAUGAUGACAUCUUGGGUGCACUGAAAAAUCUUCCACUCGCCUUAUCUGAACUCUAUGAUCGAAAACUUCGUCGUGUCCGAGAAGGACGGGCGACCAGGCAGGCAAUGAAAGUACUUGAAUAUUGUGGGAUAGUGAAACGGCCAAUGACAGUUAUGGAAUGUCGAGAGGCCCUUAGCCUUUCGCUAGAUCAAAAGGCUUUUGACCACGGAAAGAUGCCCAACAACAUGCAUAAGAUUUUCAACGGUUGCUAUGGAUUAAUAUUCGUCGACGAAGAGCAAGACACUGUACAUUAUGUGCACCACAGUGUGAAACAAUAUCUUUUUAUCACCAACGAUGUACACGAGGCGCGAUUUGACAGAGCAGGACUUGAUCGGCAUUUUGGGCUCCUUUGCAUGACGUAUCUGGAUUUCAGUAACUUCAAGCGUCAACUAACUAGAUUUAAGAAGGGUUCUGGUACUCCCCUCAACCCCGCCCAUCUUGGUACCCUCCCUAUAUACACUUCAAGCAGAGUGAGCAGUAUGCUGGCUCAAAAGAUUCUUUUUCAACAUCGCAACCUGCGCAAUCGCAGUACUCGAGAAAUCGAGAGGACGGCGCGAGAUAUCGUUGGAGAUGGGGAGUCUGCACGGCUGAAGUUUGAACUUCAGGAGCAGGGAUUUCAGUUUCUAAAUUAUGCUAAGGAUUACUGGCUCUAUCAUCUAAGUGAUUUCACUGAUGAUGUUAGCAGUAAGACAUGGCAAUUGUUUUGCCGAUGUGUGGAAGGGAAUGACAAUGCUGCAUGCAGACCUUGGAACCCGGAGCAACAGAACUCCGCCAAGACAGAUAUGCCGAACGCGGUGCAAUGGCUAUUGUCCAAUGGAAAUUACGCAUUACUUUUAUAUUUCGGGAAACAUCAACCUUAUAUUCUGUCCAACAGAUUGAAGCAUGAAGUUCUUCGUCGCGCCAACAUUCACGAUCGUUAUCGUUACACUAAGGUGUUUCUUCAGCUUGAGAAUACCAGCGACAUCGUGGAUCAUGGAUUGUCAUAUGCUGCUGCAGAUGGAUGCAAUCUUUCUUUGUCACUGUUGCUCGAAGCAGGAGCUAACGUUGAAGUUAUAUUUAACGGCCGAACAGCCCUUCAAGGAGCAGCAGGAGGCGGUCACCUCGAGGUCGUACAUGCAUUGAUGGCAGCGAACGCCGGUGUCAACUCAGCUCCUGAUCCAAAGUACGGCCGAACAGCUCUCCAAGCAGCAGCGGGAGGCGGCCACCUCGAAGUCUUACAGGCACUGCUGGCAGAGAAAGCCCAUGUCAACGCAGCACCAGCGGAAUAUAGCGGCCGAACAGCUCUCCAAGCAGCAGCGGGAGGCGGUCACCUCGAUGUCGUACAGGCACUGCUGGCAGCGAAGGCCAAUGUCAACGCAGCACCUGCUACAAAGCGAGGCCGAACAGCUGUCCAAGCAGCAGCAGAGGGCGGCCACCUCGAGGUCGUGCAGGCACUGCUGGCAGCCAAAGCCGAUGUCAACGCAGCUCCUGCUACAGAGCACGGCCGAACAGCUUUCCAAGCAGCAGCAGAAGGCGGCCACCUCGAGGUCGUGCAGGCACUGCUGGCAGCCAAAGCCGAUGUGAACGCAGCACCAGCGGAACAUAGCGGCCGAACAGCUUUCCAAGCAGCAGCAGAAGGCGGCCACCUCGAGGUCGUGCAGGCACUGCUGGCAGCCAAAGCCGAUGUGAACGCAGCACCAGCGGAACAUAGCGGCCGAACAGCUCUCCAAGCAGCAGCGGGAGGCGGUCACCUCGAUGUCGUACAGGCACUGCUGGCAGCGAAGGCCAGUGUCAACGCAGCACCUGCUACAAAACAAGGCCGAACAGCUAUCCAAGCAGCAGCAGAGGGCGGCCACCUCGAGGUCGUGCAGGCACUGCUGGCAGCCAAAGCCGAUGUCAACGCAGCACCUACUACAAGCCAAGGCCGAACAGCUCUCCAAGCAGCAGCAGAGGGCGGUCACCUCGAGGUCGUGCAGGCACUGCUAGCAGCCAAAGCCGAUGUUAACGCAGCACCGGCGAGAUAUAGCGGCCGAACAGCUCUCCAAGCAGCAGCGAGAGGCGGUCACCUCGAGGUCGUGCAGGUACUGCUAGCAGCCAAAGCCGAUGUCAACGCAGCUCCUGCUACAGAGCACGGCCGAACAGCUUUCCAAGCAGCAGCAGAAGGCGGCCACCUCGAGGUCGUGCAGGCACUGCUGGCAGCCAAAGCUGAUGUCAACGCAGCUCCUGUUACAGAGCACGGCCGAACAGCUUUCCAAGCAGCAGCAGAAGGCGGCCACCUCGAGGUCGUGCAGGCACUGCUGGCAGCCAAAGCCGAUGUGAACGCAGCACCAGCGGAACAUAGCGGCCGAACAGCUCUCCAAGCAGCAGCGGGAGGUGGUCACCUCGAGGUCGUGCAGGCACUGCUGGCAGCCAAAGCCGAUGUCAACGCAGCACCAGCGAGAUAUAGCGGUAGAACAUCUGUCCAAGCAGCAGCAGGAGGCGGUCACCUCGAGGUCGUGCAGGCACUGUUGGCAGCCAAAGCCGAUGUCAACGCAGCUCCUGCGGAAUAUAGCGAUGGAACAGCUCUCCAAGCAGCAGCAAGAGGCGGCUACAUUGAAGUAGUAAAGGCACUGCUGGCAGCCAAAGCCGAUGUCAACGCAGCUCCUGCGGAAUAUAGCGAUGGAACAGCUCUCCAAGCAGCAGCAAGAGGCGGCUACAUUGAAGUAGUAAAGGCACUGCUGGCAGCCAAAGCCGAUGUUAACGCAGCACCAGCGGAAUAUAGCGGCCGAACAGCUCUCCAAGCAGCAGCGCGAGGCGGUCACCUCCAGGUCGUGCAGGCACUCCUGGCAGCCAAAGCCGAUGUCAACGUAGCACCUGCGGAAGAUAACGACCGAACAGCUCUCCAAGUAGCAGCAGGAGGCGGUUACCUCGAGGUCGUAAAGGCACUGUUGGCAGCCAAAGCCGAUGUCAACGCAGCUCCUGCGGAAUAUAGCGAUGGAACAGCUCUCCAAGCAGCAGCGGGAGGCGGUCACCUCGGGGUCGUGCAAACGCUGCUAGCAGCCAAAGCCGAUGUCAACGCAACACCAGCGAGAUAUAGCGGUAGAACAGCUGUCCAAGCAGCAGCAGGAGGCGGUUACCUCGAGGUCGUGCAGGCACUGUUGGCAGCCAAAGCCGAUGUCAACGCAACACCUGAGAAACAUAGCGAUGGAACAGCUCUCCAAGAAGCAGCGGGAGGCGGUCACCUCGAGGUCGUGCAGGCACUGUUGGCAGCCAAAGCCGAUGUCAACGCAGCUCCUGUGGAAUAUAGCGAUGGAACAGCUCUCCAAGCAGCCGCAAAAAGCGGUCACCUCGAGGUCGUGCAGGCACUGCUGGCAGCCAAAGCCGAUGUCAACGCAGCACCAGCGAGAUAUAGCGGUAGAACAGCUGUCCAAGCAGCAGCAGGAGGCGGUUACCUCGAGGUCGUGCAGGCACUGUUGGCAGCCAAAGCCGAUGUCAACGCAACACCUACGAAACAUCGCGAUGGAACAGCUCUCCAAGCAGCAGCGGGAGGCGGUCACCUCGAGGUCGUGCUGGCAUUGUUGACAGCCAAAGCCGAUGUCAACGCAACACCAGCGAGAUAUAGCGAUGGAACAGCUCUCCAAGCAGCCGCAAAAAGCGGUCACCUCGAGGUCGUACAGGCACUGCUGGCAGCGAAGGCCAAUGUCAACGCAGUUAAUGUGAAAUAUGACGGCCGGACAGCUGUCCAAGCAGCAGCAGAGGGCGGCCACCUCGAGGUCGUACAAGCACUGCUGGCAGCCAAAGCCGAUGUUAACGCAGCACCAGCGGAAUAUAGCGGCCGAACAGCUCUCCAAGCAGCAGCGGGAGGCGGUCACCUCGAUGUCGUACAGGCACUGCUGGCAGCGAAGGCCAAUGUCAACGCAGCACCUGCUACAAAAGAAGGCCGAACAGCUGUCCAAGCAGCAGCAGAAGGCGGUCACUUCGAGGUCGUGGAGAUACUGAAAAAUUCUGGCGCGAAAUGUUAA